CAACAACCAACAACAGCCGAUACAAGGUGAAGGUGCCAGCGCAGCCGCCACACACAACACACGAUGGUGGUGGGCGCGUACACGAGCCGUGUGGUGCGCGCUGGGCCGCCCCGGUUCGUGCCUGCUGUGCCGCCUCCAGCGACCCUGCAUCCCAGGAACACACUCACGCCAGAGGCCGGGUCUGCUGAUAAGCAAGCGCAAACAGCAUCGGCAACAGCAUCGGCAACAGCAUCGGCAACAGCCACUGCUGCAACGACUGCUGGUGCCAGUGAUGCCGGUGCAACGACGACAGCGACAACCACGGCCACGGGGGAUGGGGCAUCGACAACAGCCGCUUCUUCCUCCGCGCCAUUGCUUCCGUCGACCAUCUGGCACAUGCCAAACGGUGACGCCACAGGCAACACCAACAACGGCGGCGAUGCGACAGCCGAUGGGUCCGCCACCGCCAACCGAAAGUAUCCCCAGCCCGGCGGCGGGUUCCCUUGCAAGCGCCCGAAAUCCAUGUCGACGGCCAUUGCAGUUGCCCUCUUCCACAGCAUCCUCACUCGGCGACGAGAGGAGGUGAGGGUGCUGCGUGAAGGAACUCGCAAGCGCAAGGAGAAGAAGCUCAAACGGCAAACCACCCUGCAGGAGCAACUGAGGAAGCUCGACAAGCAGGAAGAACAGCUUCUGGAGAAGCAGCGUGCCCUCGAACAAAGCAAACAUGAGGCCUUCCUUAAGUUUAGAGCGCGACUCGCUGCGGAAGAAGCGGAGCGCAGGGAAAAGGAGGCCGCACAGAAGCGCGAACACCAGCAACAAGACUCAACACAGCAGCCACACCAACACCAACAGCAACGGGAUCAAAUGGCGCCGCACCAACAGGCGCAGCACCCACCAUCCUAUGAGGCCAUGCACCCGCCGCCUCACCACUCCAUGUCGCAGGGGAGUGUGCGGGUGCCGCCGCCACGACAUGCGGCGCAUGAGCCACAUGCGUCAAUGCGAAUGAGUGCUGGUGGUGGUUUCCCGCCACAUGGACAUCGCCGUGGGGAGUCACCGCCACCGCCGCCACCGCCGCCAACCCGGUACCCACACAGGCCCGGCAUGCCCGCCACCGCGCCGUCGGCUGUUGCAGGCGCUGGUGCGCGUGAUAGCAUACCGCCGCCGCCGCCGCCGCCGCCACUGCCACGCCGCCCCUCCGCACGCACCUCGUCCUCCUCAUCUGGGACGCCAACAGCCGCAACCACCCCGCUGGCCAGCCCGGGCAUCGGCGGGCCACAGCCACAGCACCACCAUCCCCACCAUCCCCACCACCAGCCGCCGCCGCCACCGCCACCGGUCGGUACGUCGCCAACAGCGGUGGUGUCGCCGUCGCUUUCGUCGCCGUCAGCGCCCUCUGCUGCGAUUCUGUCCCCCGCGCCUGGUGGCCGUCUGGGGCGCGCCCCCAUCAUCGGCUCCCGCCCGCCCCACUACACACACGCAGCAGGUAAGCCGCCACCGCCGCCGCUGCCAUCGUCAGCCCACGGCAGCAAAGGCAGCGUGCUCGGGUCCCCGCAGUAUGCGACGAACCGGCCCACAUCGCCGUCGUCUCCGCUGCUUGCUGCGCCGCUCCACACAUCCGCAUCGUCGUCGUCAUCGCCGUCGACCGCUGGGCCGCCAGUAGGCAAGCACCACCACCAUGCACACCCACACCCGCGCCACGCGCCCACUGGCGCACCGCCGCCGCCAUCACCCGCUGUAGGCGUCGGAGGCGGCGGUGCUGGUGUGCGGCACAUCCCACACCGCCCGUCGCCGCUGGGAUCAGCCGCACCGCCACCCCCACCACCGUCGUCGUCAUCGCCAACAGGAGGGCCGCCGCCGCCGCCGCCGCCAUCGCAGGACACGGCGCCAUGGGCCCACCGGCCGCACGGCGCGCCCAUGUUCUCGCGCACGCGCCCGCCCGCGUUUGCCAACCACAGCGGGCCGGGCGGGCCGCAGGGCUCGCCGUACCGCCAAUCGCCACCAGCCUACAACCGUUCCUCCAUGGUGUAUCAUGGCUAUCACCAUCAUCAUCAUCACCGACCACCGGCGCACCAUCGCCCGCCCGCACUUCCGCGACAUCCUUCAGGUUAUCGUCCACCCCACCAUCACCGCGGCUCUCGUCUCCCUCCUCCACCAGGCAAACAAUAAAAAAAAUUAGCGACUAUUCUCAAAGAUUUCCUUGAAUUUUCAGUAAACCACCCGCCAAACAGCGCAGAAAACAACAACAGCUCAACGAACGAUACCCAGCCAGCCAGCCAGUGUUUGUGUUUGCUUGGCUUCUUGC